UGCAGGAGGGACGGAUCGUGUACCGACAGUGACAACUCCCACCCGGAGCCAUACAUCGCUCAAAACCAACCCAGAAAUGACUCCACCUUAGUAAACACGUUUUUGAAACGUCUAACAGGUGUCUUUUCUUUUCAUUUUUUGGAGUACGCUAGUGUGUACAGUAGCUGAAGAUGUCUGCCAACGACUGCCAAGAAACCGUUGAACACUCCGGACUGCUCAAGUUUUACUCCGCCGUGUUUUACGCCGGCAGUUCGUUCCUUAUCACGGUUGUCAAUAAAAGCGUGCUAACCAGCUUCAGGUUUCCUUCCUACAUGUGUCUGGGAAUUGGCCAGAUGAUCACCACUCUUGUUGUUCUUUAUGCUGCCAAAAUGACCAAAACAGUCCAGUUUCAAGAUUUUGACAGAAGUAUUGUCUUUAAAAUUUUCCCUCUUCCUUUGCUGUACGUUGGCAACCAUAUGACAGGACUGGCAAGCACCAAAAAACUCAGUUUACCCAUGUUCACGGUACUACGGAAAUUCACCAUAUUGAUGACAAUGAUCUUGGAAGUAUAUGUUCUAAGAAAGACAUUCCCAAAACGCCUUGUGUACAGUGUUGUAGUCAUAGUCCUGGGUGCUAUGGUUGCUGCAAGUUCGGACCUGGCCUUUGAUGUGGAGGGCUAUACUUUCAUUCUGCUCAAUGAUGCCCUUACUGCUGCCAGCGGCGUGUACACCAAGAAGAAACUCGGCACUGAGGGCCUUGGGAAGUUUGGGGUCUUAUUUUACAAUGCACUAAUCAUAGUCAUCCCCACUUUCAUGGCAAGUGCAUUUACUGGAGAUUUACACAAGGCAGUCACGUUUGAAGACUGGGUUGAAACCACUUUUAUUUUUUGUUUCCUCAUGUCCUGCUUCAUGGGGUUUGUGCUGAUGUAUUCCAUAGUCCUGUGCAGCUAUUAUAACUCAGCACUUACUACGGCAGUAGUGGGGGCUAUAAAGAAUGUUGCAGUAGCCUAUAUUGGCAUCUUUGUGGGGGGAGACUACCUGUUCUCUUGGACCAACUUUCUAGGCCUCAGCAUUUGUAUGUCAGGUGGACUAGUGUACUCAUAUCUCAUCUUCAACCAAAAAUCAUCUGUAAGUAACACAGAAGGAGCACAAGAGCUGAAAAUUCACAUCACGAAAGAUUAAACAGGGCUGUACUCUGCAAACUCAAAGGACACAAUUUUAGUCUUCACCACUUGGUGGCAUUGUUCCGCUCCAUAUUGGAGCAUAAUAUUGUUCUCCAUUGACAUUUGUGUAUAGUUAAAAUUAGUGAGUGCAUUUCAAUUAAUACAUUUAAGGUUCGUACAUCGUUUUAAGAGCUGACCUUUCAAGGUACUAAACCAAAACUCCAGACUCUUCAAAACCUUUAUCAUACACUGAUUUAGACUUGUUUUUUUCAUUUCAAAAGAAUUGGAUGUUGUGAAUGAUUAUGUCACCAUUCUAAUUGAAAAUAAAUGUUACAAUUACACAUAUUUUCCAAAUGUUCAAGACUUUGUACAAACCCUAUACAUUACUGGUGUAUUAUUUCAUAGCAACUAACUAACUCAUGACUGAUUAAACUGACAAGUUCACAUAAAUUCCGGGUCUGUUCGGUGAAUGUUUAUUGAUAACCAACAAAUAUAAUUGUGGACAACCUGUCAGAGAAAUCUUAACAUGUGUAAUAAAAUGUCUACCAAGCAAGCAGGAUCACUCUAUACAAUGUCACAAACAUGAAAAACUUUGGAGGAUGUUAGCAGAGGUGAAAACUGAAACUAAAUUUCAACUUCAAAGCUCUCCGUAAAUUGUGCACUCAACAUUCUAACUAACACAAUGUGUGUAUAUAUUAAAUGCCAUAAUCUUCUCAAACCACACAACAGACUAAGGGUUAGAAAUGGUUCAAAAUAUACUAUAAUUGGGUACAAAAUCAAUCAUUUGGUGUUUUGAUUAUCAACAAUUCACUUGCCUUCCAGUUUCACUGUAACUCCACUAUUAGUCUUUUGUAAAUCCAUCCAAUUCAAACAUCACAGCUAGAAUGACAGGUUGUUGUUGCAGGUUUCCCCAAAAUAACCAUAGAAAGGGCAGUUAUGAGAGGCUUCAAACAGUGUCAACGGAUGUAGUGUUGCUUAUAAAAAAUAAAAAAUAAAACACCCAGCACCACAAAAUCAGUUUAUCAAAAACCAGUGCCAUUUUCUUGGACAAGUACGACAAAUCUAAUCUUCAGUGCAUUGCAAGCUUAAUCCAAGAAUAAGGGGUGUAAGUGCUAAAUAAAAGUCAAUGGGAUGUCUAUAUUGAUUUAAAAAAAUUUUUUUUGCUGGUGCCAGAAUAUUUCCCUCCCUUCACAUGGCAAAAGAUUGCAGGGCUAUCAAAGUUGAACAAAAUGUUAGCCA